CCGGGGGCUCCUUCCCAGACCUGUUUCGUGACUUCUUUCGAAUGGUGCUUCAAGAGGCAGCUUGUGGACUUGGUGAUGGAGGGGGUGUGGCAGGAGCUGCUGGACAGUGACCAGAUUGAGAUCUGUGUGGCCGACUGGUGGGGUGCCCGAGAGAACUGCGGCUGCAUCUACCGGCUCCGGGUCCGCCUUCUGGACGUGUACGAAAAUGAAGUGGUCAAGUUCUCGGCCUCACCCAACCCGGUCCUUCAGUGGACUGAGAGAGGCUGCCGACAGGUCUCCCACGUCUUCACCAACUUUGGCAAGGGCAUCCGAUAUGUGUCUUUUGAGCAGUAUGGGAGAGACACACGCUCCUGGGUGGGGCACUACGGCGCGCUUGUGACCCACUCCAGUGUGAGGGUGAGGAUCCGCCUAUCGUAGCCCAUCAGCCUGAUCAGGCCUUCCAGGACCUACUACCACCUGCCAGACAUCAUUGCCAAUCAAGGGCAACUUUGUAGCCAGGAGCCAGAGGAUGCCCAGGGACAGCUGGGAGUCUUGUGUGGCUUGUUCCCCACCAGCUUCCAGCAAACUCCAUGUGCUGCUGCUUCUGCAUCGUGGCCCAUGUGCUGCUCGAGAAACCAGGGAUCCAACCCGGCUGUUCACAGCUUCCCGAGUCAGGGGGUUCAAGGAAUAACUGAGACGUUUACUUUGCUUGCAAAUCCUUUUCUCAUGUGUGGAUGUCAGCUGAUAGAUUGAGUCAAAAAACAAAGGCCAAGACAGGGUUGCUUAUGGGGAAAAGCUGCUGACAAUCUGGGACAGUGUCUCUUGUCCUGUUUUCGGGCUAAGCUGAUUGCUAGCAGGGAGCAGAGGCCAGUCAGAAAAGCCUGCCCUUUAGGGGACCACCAGGGGCAUCGAAAGGAACCAUUUCUGUUUUGGGGAGUCUCUGGGACUCAGCUGUGGGGCCCGUGCAACCUCCUCCAGCACUGCCCCUCAGCACCUCCCCUUUGGGCCAGACUGGCACUGUUUCUUGCAGAAUCUGAGACCUCAGGGGAAGCUUGGCUCCUGUAAGGCAACACCCUCUUCUCCACUCAGCCCACUUGCAUACAAACUCCAUGAUCAAGGUGUGCCACGAGGGAAAGCUCUCCUGUCCCAACUCCCCUCAUGUCUCCUACUCUCCCCAGGUGGGCACAGCCACCAAACUAGCUCAAUAAAAUUGGUGCUAAACAUGA